AUGAAGGAGUUGGAUGAUGGACCACCAAGAGUUGAGAAAUCUAGGAAGGUUCAAUUGAUGGCCAAAGCCCCGACUCUCAAGAGUCAAGUCGUGACUAAGGUGGUAUCACCGCCCAAGGUCAAUAAGGAAAAAGAGAAUGAACAUGAAAUGGUUAAGGACAUUAUGGGAAAACCCUAUACGAGAGAAGACAAGCCGAAGGUGGAAGAAGACCAAGUUAUGGUCGAUGUUCAGACACUCAAGGAGGAAGAAAAGGCCGAAUCUACAGAUGAAGUAUAG